AUGAAACAAGCCUUUGGUACCUGAAAAAGCCGCCAUGCUUCCAUUUAUUUUUUUUUCUGGCCAUAAGCAUCCUCGUGCGAUCGUACCUGUAAAGAAGGGCAAGAAAUCAGCAGAAUGAAUUAUAUAUGGGUUGCUUGCAGCUUCGUUUUCACUCAAGCUAUCUUGGCCAGUGGAGAGUUUCAAGCAGUCAAGGUGUUUGAUGACAGUGAAGGACCUGACAGUUUGUUGAGGACCCUGGUUAAACGAUCGGCUGCCACUAGUGCGAACAAUCGUGUUCGACGAGGAAUACUUGACGCUGCCAAAAUGGCCAAGGACGUGACGACAGCAGCUAUUCGCGGAGUAAUGGUCAUGAAAAACACAAUACGGAAGCUGACAGGUGAAGACAGCGACGAGCCAUUUGAUCCCAUCGACGUUGACGCGAUACUUAAAGCUGAAGGUUACGAUGACGAGCCAAUGCUAGAGCGUGACGGCGAAGAUGCAUUUGCAGCACUAUCAACUGAUACUGCGCGUUUUCUUCCAACUGAAUUCUCGCCCCCAAUCAGUUCUUACAAUGAAGGGCCUACGAAAGAUAUGGGAACUGAUGUAUUUUAAAAAGGCAAAUAAAGUACGGUAGUAUGACGAAAUUCUCUGCAGUACAGAGAGUGUCAAGAAUUCUUCUUUAUGUCCAACGAGAUAUUUCACGUGUAUUACCCAUCGCAAGAGGGUUGAAAAGCGGGCUAGUCAAUAUAUAUUCAUACUGAAAUAAAAGCAGCGCAAACAAACGAGACGAAGAAAGAGAAGACAAACAAGGCACGCCAAACAAAGUGGUUGUUUGUUGCUUCUACGUUGCUUUUAUACGCCCAUCGUGACUCAAAAACUAGGAAGAUUAAGCAAUCAUGUUUCAUUAAAACGAAUACUGAUAGUAAUGUCCGCUCACCAUCUGUUUCGCUUUUAUAUUAUGAAAUCCCGUCUCUGGACCACACUCAAUUGCAGUAAAACCUUCCCACUUGAUGUCCUUUCCCUUCGUGUUUUUUUGGUAUAUAUCUUUUGUGAAUAAACC